GUAACCUUUCACCCAACGUACUGCUGUAACUCUGGCUUCGUGUAUCUAUCCUAAUUCUAAACGAGGUGCUUUCAGUUCGCAUUUUCGUUUUAGAAAUUCAUAAACUCUACAAAAACGGAAGAUACCAAGCGGAUCGGUGUUCCGACUCCCAAUACCUCCCGAAAUCUACUUCCGAUAUUGAAGCAUAAAGAUGUGUUACUAGAAGCGAUCGAAGCGAACCAGUAUUGCAUCAUUGUAAGCUCCACUGGUUCAGGGAAAACGACACAGCUACCUCAGUUCCUACUCGAGAAAAUUGACUUAGCGGACGGGAUUGUCGCGAUUACUCAGCCUCGUCGAGUGGCUGCCAUCACUGUGGCCGUCCGUGUGGCCGAGGAGCUGGGGCGUGGUCCAGUGGGGGAAGGCCCCGUCGGGUAUUGUGUUCGCUUUGAGGAUGUGUCUAAUCCGCGCACCACCCGUCUUCGAUAUAUGACUGAUGGAAUGCUCCUUCGAGAAGCUGUUUUAGAUCCAGAGCUUUCACGAUACCGUUAUGUCAUCCUAGAUGAAGCACACGAACGUGGCCUCAAUACAGAUAUUUUGUUUGGUGUCCUUCUGACCGCUGCUCGACGCCGAGUCGAGGCCUGGACGCGAAGUCACUACAAGACAGCAAACACCCAUCACGUUACUUGUAAUGUAACUGGAAAAAAUUCCCCAAAACUCCAAUUUAACCGGCCUCUUCCGUUACUGAAGAUUAUCGUUAUGUCUGCGACAAUUGACCCUACUCCGUUUGUGAAUUUUCUCGGAGUGGAGCACACUAAAGUCGUCUACAUUGAAGGUCGUCCACACCCCAUCAAAGUACUCAAUUCUUCCGAACCGUGCUCAGAUUAUGUGGCUGAUGCUGCACUUACUUGUCUUCAGAUACAUCGAUCAAAGACCAUCCCAUUGGAACGCGGGAUACUCAUUUUCCUUACCGGCGAGGAGGAGAUUAUGCGUUGUUGCUCUCUCAUUCGUCGUCUUGCACCUCAUUCGGAGCAGAAUGGUUACGUUCUGCCUGAGAACAAUGCUGGAUCAAUGAACAUCAAAGUUUUCCCUUUUUUCUCCUCACUACCGCAGGGGAAGCAGCUACACGCUCUUUCAUAUGCAAAACCCGGUUGUCGAAAAGUGAUCGUUAGCACCAAUUUGGCAGAGACGUCCAUCACUAUUCCAGGUAUUCGCUACGUAAUCGACUGUGGUCUUGCAAAAGUCAGACAUUGGGAAGUCUCUACGGGACUUGAGAGUUUUCGGGUGCAACGUAUCUCCAAAAGCCAGGCCUGGCAACGAGCUGGCCGUGCUGGACGAGAGGCCGCCGGGGUUUGUCUCAGACUUUAUACAAGCGAAGAGUACAAUCAAAUGAGUCUCCACCAUCAUCCUGAGAUCCUGCGUGCCCCUUUGGCUGGGGUUAUGCUUAGUCUGCUUUCUAUGGGUAUUACGAGUCCGCUGCAGUUUCCAUGGCUCUCACGUCCUAGUAACGCUUCCUUGCUCGCUGGAGUCGAAUUACUUAAGCGCCUAGAUGCCGUAGAAUCUCUGGAUGGUGAUCAUCCCACACCAAUCAUCAACAAAGCGAUGAAACCUAAGGUCCAAGCUCCCCUUCUCCAACAUGUACAGCUCACACCACUCGGUACGAUCAUGUCUGUCUUCCCUUUGGAACCUCGUCUUUCGCGUGUCAUCCUGUCAGCUGCACACCUGGGCUGUUUGAUCGAAGUGCUCACUGUGAUCAGCAUGUUGUACGUCAGCCCCGUGUUUUACGCACCCACAGAGAGGCGCGAGAAGUUUGAGGAGACUGUACAACAGUUCCGGCAUCCAGAUGGUGACCUCGCCAGCCUACUGCAAGUCUACCGGGCGUAUCUAAAAGCUUCCAAACUGCGUACAAAGGAUCGCAGCCUUCAAUCUCGUCUCAGCUGGUGUCGCUUACACUAUCUGAACCAGACACGUCUCGAAACUGCCGUUCGUGUCCGCUUCCAACUCAAACAACUGGUUAAAGGCAGCUGCAUUGCUCCGUACCACAAGUCAUGCGGCUCUGACCUAUCUCAGGUUACUCGAGCUUUCCUGGCGGCCGGUUUCCAAGAUCAGAUUGCGGUACUUGCCGACCCUUCUCUACGAACUCAAUGGAAUUUCACCGAUUCUCUGCACCCUGUGAUCACAUCACGGCAUCCGAUUUACGUGCACGCCAGCGGUCAGUCGUCGCAGCCCAACAACUACUUUCUCAUUCAUCCAGAUUCCCAGCUCUACCUAUCUUCCAUUAACAGUCCCCCUCCAAAAGUUCUCUUCAUUGAGACUGCAGUUCAAAAUGUUGCAUCGCGAUCCCAUCCGGCCACCCCCACGCUUGUUUACAUGCGCCAUGUGUCGCGCCUACCGGAUGGACCAGAGGAUGCAACCGAUCCCUCUUUGUUUCGAAGCUGGUUCAGUCAUAAUUUGAACAAACGGGCCUUCGAUACAUCUAGUUUCGCCAGAAUAAAGGCAUACAAACAGCCAACCGCAGUCGCGGAAAUCCAGCCUGUUACCCAUUUCAAAAGGAUCAGCCCAUCCAAACUUCCUGCUGCGCUGUCACUCAAGCGCGGUUGCGUUGGCCAACCCACAUCGCCAACCAAAUCUCAGACUCCAUUUGUACAGCGGACCUUGAUCCGAAAACAGAGGCGUAGACUCAACAGGCGAAAACGAUAAUUCGCGGUUGAUGUCAGCCCAGCUUUUGUACAGAUAAUUUUCAAAGAGUUACAUCUUUCUGGAUUGU